GCAUAUUGAAAAAAACGUAUCCUGAAACCCAGUCCAGUGGCCGGUCUAAGGCUUCUCUCUAAUUAUCAGAGAACGUGUUUAAAAUGUUUAAACAAGUUUGGAGAUUUUCUGGAUCAUAUAAUUUACAUCAAAUUUUAUUAGGUACAUCGAAAAAUACUAUUACUACAUGUCCCAAUUUGAUUCAAUGUUACAAUGUUCAAACAUUUGCUACUGCUCCACUUACAAAAAAAUGGGAUUUAUAUAGUUCUGUCUGUUUAGAACGUCAUCCAAUUAUAACACAGUCAAUGCAGGAAAUAGAAUUAAAAUUUUACAAUAUGUUAAAAAAAAUUGAAUUUGAAAAUAGUCUAAAAUGUGAUCAUGAAUUGAAAAGAGAAAGAGAACAAAAUCAGCAAAAUAUAAGUAUAACCAGCAACAUAGAUAAUAAAGAUGACACUAUUUUAAUACAGACUGCACAAGACUUUGAAGAUAGCAAUCAAGAAGAACUAGACAAUUUUAAAUUUGCUCCAAGAAUUACAAGUUGUGAUAAACAAAAUACAUUAUCAUCAUUAAAGCGUAAACUAGACAAAAACUUACUUUUAUUAGUUCAUCAAGAAAUAGGUGGUAAACAUUAUUGGAUACCUCCUCAGAGUAUUAGACAGGAAGGAGAAACUAUGAGACAAACAGCAGAAAGAGUAUUACAAAACGUAUGUGGUACUAAAAUACAAGUGAAGUUUUAUGGAAAUGCACCUAUUGGAUUUUAUAAAUACAAAUAUCCUAAGAAUCUUCAAGAAAAAGGAACAUACGGUGCAAAAAUAUUUUAUUUUUUAGCAAAAUAUAUUGAUGGAGAUAUUACAAAUAAUGUAAAAUAUCAAUGGUUAGAUUAUGAAGAAUUAAAAAAAGUAUUGCCUAGUAGAAUACAAGAAAGUAUUUCACAGUUUAUGUUGCAUAUUUAAAUAAUGUAUUAUAUU